CGCCAAACACAACGCGUUAAAACCACUUUACUACGCGUAAAGAUAUUGAGCUUGGACCAUUCCGAGCCUAUUACGUUCCUCAAUUCGGACGAGGGCCCGGUCUGUCACGCACUCACGAGCCGGAACACCACAACAUACAGGUUCCAUCUGCAAAAUGACGACUAGAAGAAUCGUAAACGAGCAGAAGUCGUCUCUUGACUAUGAUGGAAAGGGUGCUCCCGAGCCGUCCAACACCUCGCCAGCGGUGCCAUCAUCGGUGAUUUGGAAGUUGAUGAGCUUCACCUUUGCCAUGAUCACACUGCCAAUUGGCACAUACUUCUUCACUGUCAACUUUGUCUUCCAAGGCAACGCAACUUGGGCGGGCGGAUUAGCAGCACUCAUGGCAAACGUGGUCUUGAUCGCGUAUGUGAUCAUGGCAUUCAAGGAUGAUCAAGAGGAGAUGCGAGAAGAAGCAGAGAAGUCCAAGAAGAAGUUGUAGUGCUGGCUCGUGGAGGUGACUGGGGUAUCGAUGCAUGCUAGACGAAGGAUCGGCUCGACUGUGCAAAGUAUACGCAAACACAUGUUCUUGCGGAACUACAGUUGCUCAUAUUAGUGACUAAAAUCACACAUCACUCGAAACGAUAAAAUCAAACACGAAUUUACUCAUCAA